AUGACUUUGGCGGGGUCUCACAGUCUAACCGCGACAGCAGACACAACAAAUCUUACAGAAAAAACAGAUAUCUCUCAGGAUGAAACGCAUUUAAGAGACCGCGUUGUCCCGUCCGACGAGCAUUCCAACAAUGCUUUCAGGCAUGUAUGGGGCGAACAAACACACCUAGGUUCUUCUGAUCCCACCUAUUCCACGAAACUGCCAUCGAAAUCGUUCCCCACGCUAUCUUUUUUCGCGUCACAGUCGCUUGCUGUGAUCAUUUCAUCUGCAUUGCUAUUGUGGGUUGUGUGCAUCGGCCUUCUCACGCGAUUAAAGACAUACAUACCACGCGCGCUGACUCGUCCGCCACGUCCUCAACCUAGCUGGGAUGAUCCUCAAAAAUGGAAGCAUGAAUGUCUAGUAAAGAGUCCGCAGUACUAUGCAUGGUGCUGUGGCUUCGACAUCCUGGAUGAGCAGGCCGAAACAGAGGAUGGAUUUUACUUGCGCAUGCAUCACGUUCGUUGUUUCGACGAGGAUAAAGAGUUGAGCUCCAUCGGUCGCGGAUUCCCUGUUCUGAUCAUGCACGGCUUGUUUCAGUCCUCGGGUUCAUUUAUCACGUCAGAGGAACGCAGUCUUGCAUUCUGGCUUGCGAGACGCGGAUUCGAUGUGUAUCUGGGAAACAAUCGCGGAAUAUUUGACAUGGGGCACCGACAUUACAGCCGAUACAAUCCUGCUUUUUGGGACCAUGAUGUCGAUGACUUGGCUAGGUACGAUCUUCCGGCCAUGAUUGACUAUGUUCGUGCACAAACAGGAUACGACAAGAUCGCGUACAUUGGCCAUUCCCAGGGCAAUGCCACGGCAUUUCUCGCCCUCUCGCGAUGGAAUCGGCCUGAAUUGGGUGAAAAACUCUCAUAUUUUGGUGCACUCGCACCUGCUGUCUUUGCGGGACCGCUCACAAACCGGUUUCCUUUGACUCAGUUACGCAAGGUCAAUCAGGCAUUGUGGGCACGUCUAUUCGGUGUGCUAGACUUCACACCCCUCAUGAAAUUCUCAUAUGACUGGACACCCGCGACGCCGUAUGCGGCUCUAGGGUACCAGAUGUUUGCAUAUUUGUUUGAAUGGAAUGAUACCCACUGGCUGCAGCGCCGCAAAGCCAAAAUGUUUCGCUUUACACCGCAACCUGUAUCUUCGAGAAUUAUGUAUUGGUGGGCUGGCCAAAAUGGAUUUACUACGCGUCGGCACUUGCUAGAUCCCAAUGAGACUUGGUAUGACGAGCGUUUCCCACCACUCGCUCUAUAUGGAGGAGGUGCAGACCAUCUCGUUCUUCCUUUACCUGUGCAGGAGCAUUUUGAAAAGUUCGAACCGAAAGUUCGUGUGGUGCGCGCGAAGAUUCUUCCAGACGCUGAGCACUGUGAUCAUUUCUGGGCUGCUGAUGCUGUUGAAUGGUGCUUUCAUGACAUUCUGGGUGCGUGCAUUUUACACAGUGGUCCCAGGACCUGUCCCGCUGACACUGCGCAGACGACAUUCAGAAGACGCGACCCAGUUACUGAGCCCUCUUUGCAAUCAAAUAUGCUAAACUUGAUGCCCUCCCACAUGAGCAUUGGGGAAUUAGCUCAGUGGUAG